AUGGCGACUCUUCCUAUGAACGAAACCACUGCGGCCGCGUCCUUUUCCCUUCCGCCAGCAGAGGGAAAGGGGGCGGGCCUUUUCGAACGGCGGAACCUUGGUGCGGCGGCCCCGGACGUUGCGCAGCCGGGGGGACGCCUUUUCUCGGUGCACCGCGCGGUGCCCUUCACCUUGGCCAAAGGAGGAGGCGGCGGCGGCCGUGGGCUUGUCGAGAUGAGUGUGAGGCCCAAUUCCAUCCCGCUGCAGUUCCUGCCCGAUGAGGCCCGGAGCCUGCCACCGCCGAAGCUGACGGACCCGCGGAUCCUCUACACGGGCUUCAUGGGGUACUGCGCGGGGCUGUUGGAUAACCUGCUCAAUCGCCGGCCGGUGGUGACCGCUGGUUUACAUCGCCAGCUCCUGUAUGUCACUUCAUUCUUUUUUGUGGGAUAUUACCUUAUUAAACGCCAAGAUUUUAAGUAUGCUGAAAGGGACCGUGAUAUGUUUCAGUAUAUGAAAUUGCAUCCAGAAGAUUUUGAAGAAAAGGAAAAGAAAACUUAUGCUGAAAUUCUUGAAGACUUUUAUCCAGUUCGCUGAAACUUCUCACCCUGUCUGCUCUUAUUUCUUUCCCAAGAGCUUUUGUUCAUGAACUCAAUGGGAUGGAUUUCUAAUAUAUCUCAAAUUCAUGUGUGAUGAAAAAAUUAAGAUCUUCUAAUUAAAUGAGUGACAUGAAUACAUAACUA